CAAACCCCAAACCCCAAACCCCAAACCCAUCCUUACAUUCGCCUCAGUCAUUCAAUCUCCUUCCCUUCAGAAUUAUUUACCCACCAAAUAUGGGAAAUUAGUUAAAAGCUCAUGACGAAGCUGCAUUCCUAUAAAUAACUCAGAAGGGCUGCUAGGCCCGGCCCUGGUGUUAGGCCACCACAUUGCAUUGCGCCUCCAAACACUGUUUUUGAUUUGGUGUGGCUCUGCUAUUAGACCACGAAUAAGACAAGGAAAAGCAUAAUCUAGAGGAUGGACCAGGACGAGAACCAGCAGGUCAAAUACCCCAAACCAGCGGAUAUACUAGAUUUAUCUGUUGUAUCAUCCGCUGAUAAUUCCAGGGUGACCACUCAAAUCCAGAAGCAGAUAAAGCAAAGGGCAGCCAUGUGCGAAGAGGAGUGGAGAAUUCGAGGCGAGCUUGAAAGUGAAAUAGAAAGAGAUUUGGAAGAAGAGAUUAAAGAUGGAAUAUACCAUCUGGCAUUUAGAUUGCACCGCCUUUAUCAGCACAAAAGAGAAAGGAAUGCUGAUGACAUAUCAGAAUCUGCGCAUAAACAAAAAGACAAAACACUUUCUGAGGUGAAUAUUUGUAUAAAAAUGGAGGGUGGAACCAAGAUAGAGAUAAAAGAGACAAAGAAAGAAGCUCUUAAUGAUGGAAAAGGUCAGCGUAUUCGACCCCGCAGUUCAAGAUCAAGAAAUGGGAAAGGCAUGCUUGGGUCUAAGUCCAAUGGUAAGAAGUUUGAUUGGGCUAAGAGUCUGAGAGCAGGGACUGACCCUGAAGCUAAGGUACCAUGCAAUGGACGUGGAUUCAGCAUGAAUCGUAGCCUUGAAAACACGAGGAGAAAAUUGGUCAGUGCCACAGGCUCAGUGCUGAGAAAAGGAAAUAUUGGUGUAAAUAACAAGGUUCUUGAGCUGGGAUGGAAAUGGUAAAAUUAAUUUGGUUUUGUCAUGUGACAAUUAAAUAAAACAUGGUUUAUUUGUUCAAGUACUGCAUGUGAGGUAAAUACUAAUCGUGUCAAUAAAUGUGAUGUGUGUGUAGUUUUUCAAAUGAUCUUUGUAAAAAUCAUUGUUUCCUCACUUGCUGAUUUUAAUCUUUCUAUUCUAGUGGUCUAAGUUAUUCGUUUUCAAAUGCUGAAAACGAGUGUGUUCUGUACAAAUGUAUUUAAUUUUUUUGGUUAAAUUAUUAUGGUUUGGGUUCCUAUAUUA